GACGCAAAGCGGAAGUGCAGUGCGGAGCGGAGUGGCAGUCAUUGUGUGCUGCUGGUAGUUUGUGUGCUGUUUAUCGUCCCUGCGACAGAAAAUGCCGGAGUUAGCGGUGGAAAACGUGGUGGUUCAUCCGCUGGUGCUGCUCAGCGUGGUCGACCACUUCAACAGGAUAGGGAAGGUUGGCAACCAGAAACGAGUGGUUGGCGUCCUCCUUGGAUCCUGGCACAAAAAAGUUCUUGACGUCUCAAAUAGUUUUGCAGUGCCAUUCGAUGAGGAUGACAGGGACGACUCAGUGUGGUUCCUGGACCAUGACUACCUGGAGAACAUGUAUGGCAUGUUCAAGAAAGUUAAUGCCAGAGAAAGAAUAGUAGGAUGGUACCACACAGGACCCAAAUUACAUAAGAAUGACAUUGCCAUCAAUGAACUCAUCAAGCAGUACUGUACCAAUUCGGUGUUAGUCAUUAUAGAUGUGAAGCCCAAAGAUCUUGGUCUACCCACAGAAGCUUACAUCUCCGUGGAGGAAAUACACGACGAUGGCACACCAACAUCCAAGACAUUUGAACAUGUGACCAGUGAGAUUGGAGCUGAGGAAGCAGAGGAAGUAGGAGUGGAGCACCUGCUCAGAGAUAUCAAAGAUACCACAGUGGGCACUUUGUCUCAACGCAUUACGAACCAGGUUCAUGGCCUAAAGGGACUCAACUCAAAGCUGCUGGACAUCCGCUCUUACCUGGAGAAAGUGACUGCAGGGAAACUUCCCAUCAACCAUCAGAUCAUCUACCACCUGCAGGAUGUCUUCAACCUGCUGCCAGAUGUGAAUUUACUGGAGUUCACAAAAGCCUUCUACCUGAAGACCAACGACCAGAUGUUGGUGGUCUACCUGGCCUCACUCAUACGCUCAGUGGUGGCCCUGCACAACCUCAUCAACAACAAGAUUUCGAACCGAGACGCAGAAAAGAAGGAGGGACAGGAAAAGGAGGAAGGCAAGAAAGAGAAGAAAGAUGACAAAGAGAAAAAAGAUGAGAAGGACAAAGACAAGGAAAAGGAGAAAGGAGAUGGUGCCAAGAAAGAUGAGAAGAAGAAAAAAUGAGAGUUCUUCCUUUUAAGUCUUCUCUCAAAUCACGUCAUCUUCAUCUGGAUGGUGCUCUACUUUGUGCCCACAGUCACAGCUCUGUAUGUGGGUCUCAGGCUAAAAGUAGAGCUCUAUAUGGGGAAUGGUGUCAUUUGAGAUUUGGCCUCACGGUCACAAGUGGCACUCAUAAAGACUCUUAUUAUCGUACAGAGAUGAUGAUGUUUGCUUCUUUGGCGUUUUGAACUAUAAGAACACGUUAACUGUUUUUGUAGUUGCCCAUCCUCCUGGUGUUGUACGACACCUGGUGUUGCUUUUUUUGUAAGAUGGAGAAAUGUUUUUUUUUCUGUAUCACUUAUUAAAUUGGAAUCCUAUUCAAAGUGUGUUGUUUUUGCAUUUUUCAGUUUUGCUCUUCUCUCUAAAUUUAAAAACUGUUCAUUGUUGUCCAACAGGUGUAUGUUUUGUGAUCAUUCUUUCAAAUGGAGUAAUGGAGAAGGUGUGUGUGUGUGUGCGCAUGUGAGGGUGUAUGUGUCACGUGCAUGUGCCUCAACACUGACCUUGUCAGGACCAGGCAGAACAUAAUUUCAGAGGUUAGAGAAAAGGUUUUGGUUAGGCUGUCCAGAAUAAUUGGAAGUCAAUGUGAGUCUUACAAAGAAUAGCUUUCACAAAUCUGAGUGAGAACUCCUCAUUGGCCAGUCAACUCAAGUAUAGCAUGAACAGAGCAUAUGUACAUAACUUGUAUCAGAAGGUCCUUUGGACAAACCUUGUUAAAAUGAAUAUUACAUGAGAAAAAUGAAACAUUUCAAAUCCAUACUAUACACACUUGAAUAACAUGCAGUUGGAACAUUGACUUUGAAAAUUACACUUGAAAUUCAAAGUUUCCUUAUUCGUCAUAAUUCAGUAUAUCAUUUGGAACGAAAAUGGCAUAGAUUGUUAAACACUAUACAAUAUUGUACUCUACUUAUUAUGCUAAUAAAGAUCUAUACAUUCAGA